AGAAAACAAACGUAGAUAGAGUAUAGAACAGUAUAGAACCAUAACACGAAAACAAAGUAUUUUAAUGAAUUUAUUGUCGAAACCAAAAACGAUAGCUAUAAUAAUUUUUCAAUCUUUCUUUAAUAUCUUUUCUUUCUAAAGCAAUAAGGUAUAUUUAGAAAAAUGUCUUUAACAUUUAUUCCAAGAGUAACCCAGCUUGAUUCACUGCAACUUGAUGAAGAGUUGGAAGAACUUUUUAAAAACCUGCUUUUUCAGGCUACCAAAUAUUUGGAGCCAGGUUUUCUUCAACCCCUUUUACCUGAACUAGAACUGAUUUUACGAAGUUGUAUUUUUAAGUAUUCUUUAUGGGAUAGAAAGUGUAGUUUUGGCCAAGAGAUGCUAUCAAUAAAAUAUAAAACUGAAAAUUUUUCAAAAAGCAAAUUAUAUUGGUACUAUGGCUAUACAAUUGGUUUAAAAUAUUUAAAAGACAGAUCAUUAUACACAUUCACAUCUAACACAAAAGUACAAAAUGUAUUAAAUAGCUUGGAAACAUUUCAACUAUUUGGUGAUAUUUUUAAUUUCUUACGUUUUAUUCAAAGUGGGAAACACCCAGCUUUUAUAGAUUUCAUUCUUGGACUAGAAUUAUGUGCUGAUAAGGUUGUUAGAGAAGACUUGACUGAUUUAUCAUGGACCAGGGAGCUUCUAUGGCAUAAUUUUAUUGAAUUAAUUGGAACAUCAUUAUCUCUAGUUAAUAUGUUUGGAUUACGGCAGAAGCUCUCAAAAAUAUUAAAAUAUGUAUGGUGGAGAAAUUAUGCAAGACCAUCAAAUAAAACUUCACAAGCAACUAUGAAUGUAAACACAGUUUGUGCAGUUUGUUCUGAAAAACCAACAUUGCCACACGUCAUGGGUUGCUCUCAUAUAUUCUGUUAUUAUUGUUUGCAGGCUAACAAGAUGGCUGAUACAGACUUUACUUGUCCAAAGUGUUAUUAUAAUGGUAAAUCUGUUACUAAGUUCGUUGUUGUUUAAUGAUUUAUGUUUUCUUGUAUAAUUUAAGUAUAACUUGGGUGCUAAAUUUUUUUACGGUUUUACAAAGACAAAUAUAGUAUUUAUUAAAUA